AUGGGGCUCCCAGCGAGGCAUCCAUUCGUGGCGCAGCUGCAGACGCUGCUGCACCUGGCUGCUUGGUGUCAGGUCGGCGUCAUCCUGCGGAUUGAGCUGGACGCCCUGUUCGGCGGCGCCUGCGCGACAGGCGCAAGCGCCUACGGCUGGGCGCCCUGCGUGACUUCGUCCACGGGCGCCCUGUUCGCGGACCUGCCGCCGAACGCGCUGGGCUCCUUCGUAAUGGGCAUGCUCGCGUCGUCCGACGUCCUGUCAAAGCACCUCGGCCACGCGCUCGCCGACGAGGCGCCGCUCGCGGCGCUGCCGCGCGGCAGCUCGCUGCAGGUGUACACCGCGUUCCAGAUAGGCGUGCGCACGGGGUUCUGCGGGUCCCUGACCACAUUCUCCAGCUGGAUGAUGCAGGCAGUCGUCCUGAUGGUUGGCGGCCACCCACUGGGCUACUCAAAGUGGGUGGAGGGCCUCUUCUCGCUGGCCCUCAACGUGUGGGUCUGCAUGGCGGCGCUCGUCACUGGGCAGCACAUGUGCCUCAUGAUAUACCACUGGCUAAAUCCGGGGGCUUUCACAGCGCGUGGCGAGUACGGCUGGCGCGGCAGCAUCGCCAAGCCGCCGCCCAGCCCCGCAGCGGCGCCCUCCUCGCCCCUGCUCGGCACGCCGAGCCUUGGCCGCAUCAGCGUCGGCCGCGGCGCGGGCGGCAGCGGGACGGUGGUGGUGGAAGACAGGCGGGCGUCAAGCAUUAAGAACCCUGAGGAGGCGCGGCAACAAGCAGCGGCUGUUGCGGCGGCGCUCGCCGGCCCUGCGGACGGCGCUGCGCUCGAGCGCGCGGCGUCGCUCGUGCGUGCCGGCUCCCUGCGGCGGGCGUCCCCAGUGGCGGCGGCGGCGGCGGCGGCGGAGAAAGCGGAGGGUGCCGCGCCGAGCGCGGAAGUGGAGCUUGUCGUUUUGGAAGAGGAGGAGGUGGGGUACCCCCUGGCCUGGUGGGUCGCGGACGCCCUGUCCCUCGCAGCCUUGGCGCUGCUCACCGUCGGGUCCAUAUACUGGGCAGCCACCAAGACGACCGCCGCCAGCUCGCCGUUUGCCAACUCUGGCGCGGCCAUCGCGAUCCUGCUUGGCCCGCCGGGCGCGCUGCUGCGGUUCCGCCUGUCGCGGUACAACGGGAGCCUCAAGGCCCUCAAAUGGUUCCCGCUGGGAACUUUCGCGGCCAACAUGAUUGCCUGCGUCGUCGAUUACGCGAUACGGGCGGGCUUAGAGCGGGCCCCUCAGCAGCUGCCUUUCACUCAUGAGGCGCUGCUGACCGGGAUCAUGCUGGGCUUCUGCGGCUCUCUGAGCACCGUGUCCACCUGGGUGGUAGAGCUCCAACUUCUGAUGCUGAACUUUCCCGCCCACCGGCGCGGGUACAUCUACCUGGGGGCGAGCAUCGCAACGCCGGUGCUGCUGGGCGUAGUCAUCUACGGGGUGGCCGUCUGGACAGGGCGAUGA